AUGAAAUUGGAACAGAAAUAUGUAGAAAAAGACGUAAACAAAACAUUCAGUUCAGGGAUCGGAUCAAUAUUUCCACUUCGCAUACAAAAACAGGACAACUAUUCACUUGAAGACGUUAUAAAGAACAGAAGAAGGAGAGUAGACGAGGUAUGCGCACGCAUCAGAAGUGUGUCCAAUAAGACAACGGAAGUUUCUGGUAUAAUGGCGGCAAACUUGUCUUAUUGCGUAGUGCAGAAAGCAGGGUGUACAAUGUGGAUAAGGCUGUUCAAGUUCAUGGAAGGGCAGAAUAUCGAGACCGGAAAUCCGAUGACGCUGACUAAAGAUUUGAUUCAUAAUAAAAAAUUACAAUACUACAAGAAAUUUAAGCAAACUGGCGGUGACGUUAGCUUUAUUUCACAUUCGGUUAGAUCUAUGACCGUUCGAAACCCAUAUACUCGACUAUGGUCAGCUUUCAUUGAUAAGUUCUUACUACCCGACUUUUGGCAAACAAAAGGAAGACACAUUAUAAAAAUGAUACGUAAAAAUCCGAAGCCACUGUCAGCCAAAUGCGGACAUGAUGUCACUUUUACGGAAUUCAUUCAAUACGUUAUAACAAUCGGACAUCAAUUCACAUACUGGAAUCAGGACAAACAUUGGUUACCGGCUAGUGAUAUCUGUGAUCCAUGUGUUUUUAGACCACACAUUAUUGGUAAACAAGAAUUUUUUAUGAAAGACAUGAAAUACACCCUGAAACAUGUAAAAUUAGAUUAUAUGUUACCUAAAAUAACGUCAGUUGAUCCGACAGAAUUUGAAAUAAAAGAUGAAAUAGACUACAGCUUUAAGAUAUUCUCGCGUGUUAAGAAAUGUAUAGAUAUUUAUGAACUGUGCAACCGUAUUUGGACGGCAUUUAUUUUUAAUGGUUACCUCCCCUCAGAAGAAGCUUUCCCAACAAAUAUUGAUAAAAAUAGUUUGAACAUAGACUCAUUUUAUGAGCUUGUCAAAGGCGUGAGAACGAAAUAUAAUAUUACCAAGGCGGAUGUCAAAGUAAAACGAAAACAUGCACUGACAACAGCGUACAAACAGAUUUCAAAGAAACACAUGGAAGACCUGAAAUCUUUGUACAAAAUGGACUUUGAACUUUUUGACUACGAAUCUGAACCUGCCUUUCUAGACGAAUGA